AUUUCUUAUUCUCAGGCAAAUGAUGCUGUUUCAGAGCUCAGUAGCCUAAAUAUCACCAGCAACAAUUCCUUACAGGUAUGUGGUUUCACCAAUGAUUUAAAAACGUCAUCUUUUUAAUCUAAAAGUGUAGCGAAAGAGCAGCUACAAGCAUCGAAUCGAUUUGAAGGUGGUAUAAAAUAUAAUACGUAAGCGCAAAAAAUUUCCACGCAAAGAUUAGAUAUCUUCUACCAUUAGUUGUAGAGUGAUUAGUACUCGAAAAGUCUUUUUUAAGUGACCUUUUCCUUCCCUUAUCUUAUUGAAAAAAGCCUUACUCUCAGAGGAACAAUUGAAAACAUAUCUUUUAUGAUAUAUCAGAAAGACAUAUAUAUCGAUUUGCCCAAAACGAGAAAAUCCUCUGCGGUAUCAUUUUUGCGAUAAUUGUUGCUUUUGAACCGAAAGCGCCUCUUGAUGCCGCAUUUGCCAAUUAUCACAAUGAAUUGAUUUACAUCUCAUUGUGAUGAAUCUUAGAAAAGGUAAAAUAACUAAAUAAUGUGUACUUCAUGGACUUACAGGAAGCUGCAAAUGUGUUUGGAAACUUCACCACUAAAUAUCAAAAAGCGACCCCCGGAGAAGAACAGUCUGGAGUAGAUGAGCUCAGAACGGAGUCCAUUUUUAAGGUGGCAGUCGCCUUCGAGAAAGUUGUUCUUAGCUAUGGCAAACACCAUCUAAGUGGAACAAAGAGUUCAAAAAGGAUCGUUCGCGACAACAUAAGUGAGUAUUUGCAUGGCUGUCUCUUCAGAUUUGUGAUAACUGAUGAUCUAUUCAGUAGCUGUCUGACUAAUCAAGAGAGUGAGUGACUGAGUAAGUGACUAGUCGACUUACUGACUGACUGGCUGACAGUGACUGACUGUCUCUCUGCAGCUCUGGGAGAUUGAAUGACUAACUGAUUUCACGACGGAAAAAAAGUCUGAAUGAGUUUUGUUGGUUGAUUUCAUGAAUCUGACCGUCACUUAUAUUAACAUUAAUUUUUUUUCCUUUCUUUCGAAAGUCCUUGUUAUUCAAAAAGUUUAUGGACAAAAUGCAAGUAACUUCUAUCUGAAGAAACACGAAUGGCGAGCAUCUAUCAAUAUUUCCUCAGGGAAUUUUGCCGACAAUGGUUUGUAUACAUUGCCAUUAUAUUUUAACAUUCAAUACCCGUCAAUUCUUUGACUCAUCAGUGUCUUAUUGAAUAAUCGUCAAAGUUAAUUUGAUUAACUCGUAUCUGUAUAGCAUCUUCAAGAGAAACUUACAUUAGCCCACAUUUAACCUACCUGGAAUUUUGUUCUGCUCUCUUUUAGGAUCAGUAAUAGUUGGGUGUGUGUACAAGGAUCUACAUGAUUUAAUCCAAAAAGGUCAUGAUAAAACAAGGUACGCGAAUGGUUUGGAUAUCUGACAUUAGCUGCAAGUAAGAAGAUAGUUUUUAUGCGCUAUAGACAUAGUUUCGAAGAAUAAUUUUUUUAAAAUAUUUAUUUUUCAAUUGUGCACACCUCCGUCCAUGUUCAUAAAAGCCCCAUAGAUGGAAAAUUGAAAUAGUAGAAACGUGAAACGAUUUUUUUCUGUCGCGCUGAAAUGAACAAACGACGAGAUAAUGAAAACUGUUAGUCUCCUUGCUUAAUUACCUAAAUGUCAGACUCGGAGGUACGUUUCGUUAAAAGAACCAUUAUGGACGUGAUGAUCUAAUCAGAGUCAGGCUCCCAGUCUGAGCUUUCCCAAAUUUAGCCGGUGUAUGCAUCCUAAAAAUUAAUGCAUUAAUUUAAUUAAUGCAUUUAAUGCAUUAAUUUAAUGCAUCCUAAAAAUUAACUUUUAUGGUCACAUUGGUAAAUUAAAGCUGCUAGCCGGUCAUUACCCACGCAGUAAACCAAAAACAUGACCGUUGUUUAUUUCCAUUUUAAUUGAUAUACUUGCAUUGGCGUGCGUUGAUGUGCUUUUCACUGAAGUGAAGCGUGUGAGAUAAAUUCUUAAGAGGGCAAAACAAGGACCGUAAUUAAGAGACUAAAAACACUGACGAGUAAUUUUAUAACUCGACUCACUCUUGACAUCGUUGAUUCAUAUUAUGGGACAGAAUUUUGUAUGUUUACAAUUUUUUUGCGAGCGAGAGAGUAAGAUUACUCUUCUCAAAUUAAUUAAAGGGGAGCAGAAUUUUUUUCAUAGUUUUUGGUCGAUUUUGUUCAAACCGGCAUCUCUUUCAUAAUCAGCAAACAGGUGUCCGGCAAUCGAAUGAUCGAUUGACAAAACUUUAUUGUGAGUUCGAAUUGAAUUGAGUUUAAGGCACGUGAUUGAGCGCGUGACUAAGCGUAUGACUACCAUUCGUUGGAAGUUUCGUAGCACUCUCGGGAGUAAAGAGUCAGUCGAAAAUAACAUUAUUUCUCACUUUUGGUUUUGUUUACCCUUCCCCGAAAAACAAUCAGCAAACAGGUGCUCGGCAAUCCAACGAUCGAUUGACAAAACUUUAUUACGAGUUCGAUUAUGUUCGACUGAGUUUGGCAAUCGAACUAUUCCUUUUCGAAUUGGUCGGAUUUCCGAACGUUCGAUUAGAUAUCUCUUAUAUUUUGCUCCAUUGUAGUACUUCAGAAGACGCAAUGUGCUAACAGAUGUUUCUCAAAGAUAUUCGAGACAAUAUUCUUACCAUGUCUUUCACUACGCUUUCAAGUUCAAUGAAAACUUCCCUUUCCGAAUUUUCUUUUUCAUCCUGAACUCUUCGAGGUUCUUUUUUUUUUUAUUAUUAUUAUUAUUAUUGUUGUUUUCGAUUCAUUGCUGUUGAAAAAGCCUAUUUCUUUACUGCGUUAAUUUAAUUGAAUUCAUUUUAAGGGAUGUAACUGGCUGCCAUUCGUUUGAGUUCCUUAACGCUAUCGGAAACAAAGAGUCGAUAAUAAUAUCAUUUCGCACUUUUGGUUUUGUUUACCCUCCCCCUUAAAAUCGCCUUGGCCAUCCCAUGCAGCACAUUUUCACAAGAACUUUUUGGCCAUUCAUGGCUCUAUGUUAUGGUGAUUUAUGAAUAUCUUGGACAUGUUGAGUUGUUUGUGCUUCUCCAUAUGAACCAAGUAAUUGAAGUGUCUGCUUCAAAUACUUAAAACUUGUUCGUGGCCAAAUGUUUCAUGCAACUUUGUUUUUGUGAUCAGGAGGAAGUUGAUUAUUAUAAAACAUCGCUACGAGCUUCGGUUUUUAAAAUUGACCCCGUAGUAUUACUGCAAUAAUGAGAGUACAUUGACUGUGCAAUUAUUACUCCAGCUUUACGUUAGUUAACAUGCGUGCUGCACAAUAGGUUACACGGUAGCGUGCUGUGUCCGGUCACACGCUAGCUUUUGUAUUCGAUGGUUGACACGCCUUGCGUGUUUGCCUACUCACGCUACAUUGCUCAAUGGCGCACGCUCGAUUGUUUGUAGUUUGUUAUAUGAAAGAAUAGCAUGCCUAAGCUCAUUAAAGAGUGCUCUAGCGUGCUAAGCAAGCGUGUUAUAGCCAGUUUCUUUUGUUUUCAAGUGGAAUCGUGUUGAGAGCGUGCUAUCAUAUUUGUCCCUUAAAUCAUAUGGAGGGUCACAUAUGCAGUAAUUUGUUUACUCGUUUAGGCAUGUGGUAACUAGAAUUAUGAUGGCUGCUAUGGAUCCCAAACCAGAAAAGUUACAAGAACAUGUAACCUUGAAGUUCAGGAACCUGAAGGUAAUAACAAAAGCAAAAUUAAAUUCGUUCGGUUCAGUUUAGAUCAGUUUCAGUUUCAAUAAGUUCAGGCUCAGUUGAUGUAUCAUUUCAAAUGAUUUAACUUGAAUCUUCUUUCAGAAUGACCCAAGUGAGAAGCAUUGCAUGUUCUGGAGUGGCCUCAACAAUAGGUAAAACGGGAAAACAACUGACAUCACCAUGACACAAAAUAAACCAUUGUUCCAUCCUUUUUUCUGAAUUGAUUGAAUUUCGAAUUGCAAAGAAGAAUUAACAUCAUCGAUCACAAGUUCGCGUAACGGUCUAACUGGUGGGAGUGGUCUUGAAAGGAAGUGCGAUCUGUGGUUGUUGAUAAUAAAGAACGUUUCCUCAACAGGAGCAGAAGUCUUAUCGUUAAGUUUUUACGAGAUACUAAUGAAGGAACUGUACUUUGAGAGUUUACCUCGAUUUCCUACACCGGUUAUCACCCCAACUUACUCUUGUUUCGGAGUGAUGAACUGAAAAUCCAUCAAAGCCAAAAGGCAAAUUUGACAUUAAAAAGGCACAAAUAACCAACAAAUAACUUACCAACUCUGAAUCCAGUCUUCAGCCAGGUUAAGUGAACAAUCCCAGUAAGUAGAAUGAAAGCCAUUUAAUAUUUCAUCAUAUUAAUUGCCUAUUACGAGUAUUUAAUGGUUUAAUUAUCUCGUUAUAUUUUUCAGUCAAGAUGGAUUUUCGAAAGAUGGAUGUCAUAUAGUUACAUCCCAAAGCAACUCAGAAGAAACAGUCUGCAGCUGCAAUCAUUUGACUCAUUUUGCUGUCUUAGUUGACUACAGAAAUGACAGUGUGGUAUUACGUUUUUCAAUAUUUUUUUAAGUAUUGCUCGUAUGUUCAUUAAAUUGAUAAAGAUGUUAUUCCCUCUGUUUCUGAUUGUUACACAGCUGUCUCAGAAGGACGAAGAUAUCCUGGAGAUUAUCACCUACCUAGGAUUAAGCCUUUCCAUCAUCGGAAUGAUUCUAACUAUAAUCAUGUAUUCCUUGUUCGCGUGAGUAAUCAAUGUCAAGUUUCUUAUGCCUUUGAUUGGUUGAAACUAUCAGAGAAAUUUUUAGAAAUCACCAUGGUAUAUUUUUUCUUAAACUAGAGAUGUUCAUGAACCUCUCACUCAAAUACGACUGAGUCUCGCCGCAUCGCUGGGUGCUGGUCAAAUAAGCUUUUUCGCUGGAAUGCACGCCAUGGAUAACCCAGUAAGUGCUUUCUACUCACAUUCACAUUAAUUAAUCUUUUUACUGGCCUCACCAUCAACAUUAUCAGGACCUUUUUAAAAAUAUUUUGGUAUCUAUUGCGAAUUUGAAAUUUAUUAAAUGAAAUUAUUUUAAAUUUUUAAAAUUUAUGAAUCAGGAGAAAAUAAAAGAACAGGAAAAUCGUUUUUUCCUUUUUUUGCAGGCCAUUUGCAUCACAGCAGCAGUUCUUACUCAGUAUUUCCUGAUGGCUGCUUUCUGCUGGAUGCUAGUGGAAGGAAUCUACUUUUACUUAUUAAUUGUGAAAGUUUACAACAUCAGCAAUAGGUUGAUAGUGUAUCACGUCAUGUCAUGGGGUAUUCUCCUUUUAUCUAGAAUGACUUUUCUCAUUUUUAAUGCCGAUUUACCGUAUUUUGAAUCGGUUUAUUCCUGAUAUGAUUUCCCGCGAACUUUGACCUCCCCCUUCUCUUUGUGUGUGAAGGUUUCCCCGUCAUUAUAGUCAUCACUUCUCUCAGCAUCGCAAUUGGAAAAGGAGGGAUUCAAAGCUACACCAGCAAUAAAUAGUAAGAAACAAAGUUUUCGUGAACUUUACCUCCUGUUUAGCUUCCUCUUCAUGUUUUGGUUUAUCUCUGAUUUGGGUUUCCUUUUUUUUUUUUUUAAUUUUAAAUCACGUAUAUUUGUUUUUCGUUUUGCUGAAACCUGUAUUUUUGCUUUUUGCGAACUUGUUCAUUUCCUCUUUCGCUCUUUCUCUUGUACUCCUUUUCAGCCUUCAAAUACCAUAUCUUAUAUCACUUUAAUUCUCUUUUUCUUUUCUCCUUAGGCAGCAUAGCGCAUUACUUGGGCACAUAUUUUUUUUUUUGUUCUUCCCUUUUGUUUUAUUCCAUCGUCAUUUUAGUUGUUCUCAAUUAUGAGCUGUGAUUUGAUUUUCAUUUGAUUUAAUUUGAGAUUUUUUGCCAGUUUCUCGUUCCCUUAGCUUUGUCUUUCCUCUUUUCUUCUUUUUCAGUUGUUGGUUGUCGUCAACUUAUGACUUGAUCUGGAUAUUUGUCGCAUUUCUGACGGCAACUGGAGUUGUAAGCUUAAACUCAGAUUUUGCAAUCCAAUAUCAAAACUGUAACUUUAUCAUAAGAUACUUGACCUAUAGCACAUGCACGGUGCUUCAUUGUCGUUUUUUUUCCAUUAUUUUAUUCAUAUUUAUUUUUCAUUUUAUUUUUUAAUUUUUGCUUUGACUUUUUUAGCUCGGCAGUUUUAUACUCGCACGUGUCACAAGGGAGUUGAUCAAAUUGCAGCAAACAGGCGCCGACAAGAUUCAACGAGUCCGGUUAGAUGGAGCGUUAUAUCGUUUCUUUUUUCGGUUAAUUUUAUCAAAAAGAUUUUAAUCGGGCAACUGUCCACCUCAGUAGCUGUUAACUUAUCCUGCAGACAUCUUUUCUUUACUUGAUGAAAACUGGCAUAUAGAUAUACGAGACAUUAAAUGGCAAGCGAGGUGUGGUUUGAGGGUUGAUAUUAGCCACGGGAGAAUCUAAGCUUCUAAGUUGAAGAAGGAGAGUUUAGUAAACUCACUAUUUAUUUUCCGAUCGAGUCUUAUUUUCCAUUCUCCUGCCAUGUUUGAUAAUAAUGAGCAAGCCAAAAAUUAAAGUGGAAAAGUGAGAAAUCUAAAAACGGGCACCAUGUUAAAUGGGUCAUGGCAAUAUUUGCAGCGACAUUUGCAUAUGUAUCCCAUAAUUUUAACAUCAUCUUGUAAAAGCCCUGACAGGCUAUCUAUGUACCAGGUUAAAACUUUCCAAAAAAGCGUAAAAUAAGGGUUCGGGGUUCCAAAUAACCCCCCCCCCCCCCCCCCGCCAUCUCGUACCAAAAUUGGGGUAAGGAUGUGCCUGCUGUACGUCCGAGCGUCCGAGGGUACUAUUUGCAUGAUUUUACAUUUACUUAUGACGAUAACAGCUAAAGUGAGUUGAAAGCUGGAAAUAAUUAACAUUUGUCCUGUUGUAGACUUGGCAUCAGAACAUGUGUUCUAAUGAUUCCCCUUCUUGGCAUCACGUGGUUGUUUGGUCUUCUCUCGCCUCUACACAAGGCUUUCACCUACAUCUUCACCAUUCUCAACUCUACUCAGGUUUGCUGUAAAUUUCCUUGGUAAAAUUAAGAUAGCCAUGCUGAUAAAAGUUAGAGCUUGAAGCCUCUAAACAAAUUGAAAAAAAUCCUUCUAUCAGUCAAUCAAUGUGGUAAUGAGACCGUCAGUCUUUAGUCAGUCCUUCCUCCUAUCCAUCUAUCAGUCAUUCCUUCAGUUUUUUGAUCAUUUUGAUAGCCGUUUAGCCAAUGAAUAAUUUCAUCGGUCAGUCAAUCCCUCAACCGUCUGUUUUUCUCCCUUCAUAAACUUACAAGUUAAGUUCAGCUGAGUUAAUAACUACCCUGUUUCGCAAAGAUCUCUUUACUUGUCAUGAUAUUAUAUUUCAAACAAAAAAAAGACUUAUUAUCCGUAAUUAUAUUUGUAUUGUAGGGUGUCCUGAUUUUCAUCCUGCACUGUAUGAGAAACAGUCAGGUAAGAUCGAAACUAAAAAAAAUUAUCUUAACAUUGUGCAAAUCAUGACAGAAUGUGGGCUACUUGAAUAACCAGAUUUUAGAACUCAGCAACUGAUUCAUGUUACCUUAUGUUUAUUAACAGAUAAGGGAGCGAUUGCGAGGCAAAAUUAAAAUAUUGAAGAUUGGUCAGAUUAGAGCUCGAAUGAAAGUUCGAAUGAACGCUGUUUCCCCAUCUCCAAACAACAGAAACUCAACCAAAAAGAAUGUAAAGAUGAAUCCAACUGGUGGUGGUGCAGUGUGGGCAACUAAAUUGCACCCAUUCAGCGAAUGGGUUGAUGAGUUGAAAUAG